UCUAUUUGUUCGAUUUAUUAUCACCCAAACAAAAUUGAUAUAAUUUACAAAAGAAAAUGUUUGAUUUAAUUCAGCUUUUGGUAAAUAUUUAAAAGGAAUAUUCACUCGUACAUUUUAACAGAGAUAGAGUAGAGAGAGAGAGAGAGAGAGAGAGUUGGACACGACAAGCUGUUCCUAACACCAGCGAGAGUCGCGAGAUAAAACAGCGAAGUGUGAUAUAAAUUUGAAGUCUUUAACAAGAAAAAUGGUGGAAGUGUGGUGGCCUCUGUUAGCAGCAGCAGUCCCUGCGCUUAUCGGAGGACAAGCAUUGAGGAUAAAGAAGAGACGCGGGGAAGAAGAGAGGAUCAAGAGUGCUCGAGGAAGAGAGAAAAGCUCUGACGAGAUCUUUGUCUGCGAAAGAGUUUGCACUUCCAAAAGAAUGCUGAAGAAAGUUGGAGCCUUCUCUAAAGAUCCUAUUCCCGACACUUGUGUUACUGUCUGCGGUGUAUCUGAGCUUGACGCUUGCUCUGAUGCUUGUGCUCGGACCGUCUGCGUGAACCAGCACCAAGUUGCUAACUGGAAUGACAUUUGUCUAAGGAGGUGUCAGAGUGAGUGUCUUAAGCUCUCUUCUUCUUCUUCUCGCUCUUCUUGAUAUGUUUUAAGAGUUUGAAUCUCUCUUUUGUGUUGUUUGAGUUUGAGUCUGAACGCUAUGAUUGGUUCCUUUUGAAUCUGAAUUUUUUUUUUUGUAAGUUAAAUAACAUUAUGAGCAAAUCUUUGGUGGAUUACAUUUACAUUUCAUCA